GAAGAGAGUCCUCAGCCCUCCUCCUCUGCCUCCAAAUCAAGGCCUGACCUUCAAACCAAAAAUGUCUCGCCGCUCAAAGCUCAGCUGCCAGUGCCCACACACAUUACCCAGUCACCCUUCGCUACAGCGAAGAAGACCACGAAGUGUCUGCAGGCAGAGAAUCAGAAGUUGUUCAAUGAGUUUGUGGAGCACUGCAGGCCCCUCACAGAGGACUGCCCAGAGGUCUUGACCUUCCUCCAGACAAAGCACUCCAAGGCCUGCCCGGACUUCCUGUCAUCAGUGGAGUUGAGGAACACUUUGGGACGAUGUUUGACUCGCGCUCAGGCCAACCGCUCUAAAACAUUUGUCUACAUCAAUGAACUGUGUACUGUGCUCAAGCAGCAUGCCAUCAAGAAGAGGCAAACCCUCUUCAAGGUUGACCCUGGGCCUUCUACCUCAACGUCGAAUGGAGCUAUGGAGCUAUUUUCAUUCGAGUUUUGUCCUCUGUGUUCCUCCCUUUGUCAGAUCGAGCGUUUCAUCAACAGUCCCGAGGUACGACAAAACCCUCCUGAUUACCAGGACAUCCUCCAGCAGGUGUUGCGUGCCAACGAUCGCCACAACCUCUGCUUGACCAGGAAGCAUAUAAACCAGAUCGCCCAGGAGGCGUUCAGAGAGACCGGGAGCCGCAUACAGGACCGCCGUCACCUGGACCUCGUCUACAACUUUGGCUCUAGCCUCACCGACACCUAUAAGCCUGGUAAGAUAAUAAAGAGAAAUGCUGCUGCUCGUGCAGG